AUGGGUCAGCGAGUUAAUAAAGUCAGUCCGAUGACAGUUGGCGAGGUGUACGAACAACAUCCCAGUACACCCCCAACACCCAGCACCAACAUGGCGGUUCAACAUCCUCAUCCUUGCGAUGAGACCCCUGUUGGUGCUGGAGGAGGUGGAGGUGGAGGUGGAGACUACAUCUUCAGCCGUUACUCCGUGGGCGAUCAGCUGGGGAAAGGUGCAUUUGGUGUGGUGUAUGAAGGGAGACGCCUGGAGGAUGAUCUUAAAGUUGUUGUUCAUCAGGUGGCUUUGAAAUACGUCCCAAAGACCGACAACAUGGAAUGCAUAGCCAUUCCCGAUCAUCCAAACCCCCUUCCGAAAGAGAUUGCCCUCACCAUCCUGGCGAAUAAAGGCCGCAGAGUGCCAGAAAUUAUUCGCCUGCUGGACUGGACGGACCACCCUGACCACUUUGUCAUAGUCCUCGAAUGUCCCUCUCCCUGUGAAAAUCUAGUAGAGUUCAUCAGGCGUCACGGUGGAAUCCUCGACGAAGAAAAAGCACGGCAGAUCAUGUGGCAGGCGGUUAACGCGGCACACAUGUGCUGCCUCCGCGGAGUGCUUCACCGUGACGUCAAACUAGAGAACCUACUGAUAAACAGGGAGACAUCCGAAGUCAAGCUGAUUGACUUCGGAUGCGGGGACAUUCUGAGGAUGUCACCGUACAGGUCUUACCAAGGCACAGCAGAGUACUCACCUCCAGAGUACUACAGAAGGGGGGAGUACUGCGGCUGGCCAGCGACUGUCUGGUCACUAGGGAUUGUGAUGUUUGUAAUGUUAUGUGGACACUUCCCUAGUGACUUUGACCUGCACCUGCUGCAGCACAAGCGCUGGUCCAAACCUGGCCUGUCUAAAGGUCGUCUCAUAAGACCAGUCCAGUUGGCAUCUCUGAUGCAGAUUUGCGUCUUGCGGGCUGCAGCGGGAGACGCUUCCAUCCCUCCUCUCGCCUUUGCGUCUUGCGGGGCGAGCAAGCCCUGCAUGCCAGAGCUCUCAGUCUUCACCACCAUGAAGACAGAGCUUCCAUUCUCUGCCACAAUGCAAGCCAACUGCUAUGGCUGCUCCACACCUGUAAUAGGCACCCCAAUGGUGUCGUUGCCUCCUCAGAGAUACACCAAUCAUUACUUUUUCAGAAGUUCAGAUGAUGAGGUUCAGCCACAGACAGAAACCAAAGCAUCUCCGAUCAAAAGCUCCCAUCUCAGCCACUCAAGUCUCCAAGCUCCCAUCACCUCCUGGUCCUAG